UCCCCGCCGGAGCACUUUAGAUGUUGCAAGAGAGAGAUGUAAAGAUGGCGGCGGCCUUGGUACAAAUGACAUGUUUGUACCGGGGGAUUUUAGCGGUCAGGGUCCCCGGCAUCAGGCCGCUGAUCCCCGGGCUGGUCCCGCUGCAGUACCGGGCCUUCUCGGUCCGGAAGGAGCCGCAGCUGGAGGAGAACCCGUUCUUCGACAAGUACCAGGACAAGAUCCAGAAGCUUCGCAGCACCAAACCUCAGGAGUACAAAGCCAGAGUGGAGACGCGUCAUGAUGCCAAGAAGGAAGUGCUGGGACACUCAAAGCAGACAGAGUUCAUCAAGCUUAUGGAGCAGGAGUUGGAGAAAAAGGACAAGAUUGCUGCUGGCGAAGGAGAGUCAGGAGGUUUCACAAAGAACAAGACGCUGGACUCUAUCCUAGACCUGGAGAAGAUCCGGGACAUGACGGGGGGGGAGGUCUCAGAGCUCUGGAUGAAUUAUUACGCCGCCAAGGACACAAUCAGCGCUGUGAUCCCGACGCAGUUGUACGAUUUGAUUUCAAGCAGAUCAAAUGCUUCCCCUAUGUUCCUGUACGCUCUGCCUCAGAGGGAGGGAUACGAGUUCUUCUUGGGUCAGUGGUCCGGACACGAGCUCCACUUCACCUCCCUCAUCAACGUCCAGACGAUGGGUGAGCAUGCUCCCAGUCAGCUGAUCCUCUACCACUACCCCGACCUGAAGGAGGAGAAGGGCGUGGUCCUCAUGACCGCCGAGAUCGACCCCAAGUUCAUAACCGUCCACCAGGCUCAGUGCUUGGCCAAUCAGGUGCAGCUGUUCUACGGCACGCAUAGGCAGGAGACGUUCCGAUUGGUGGAGGACUUUAACCACCACCCUGCAGACUUCAAACACAUGUUGUUGAUCGCAGAGCUGGAGCAGAGCGGCCUGGGGUCAGCGGGGGCAACCAUGGGGAGACAAGAGAUGGACUGAAGACCCUCUCUUGCAGUCGGACCUCCGGGAACCAUUGGUGUUCCUUUUUAAAUCAAAGAGAUAUGUGCUUUUUCUUAAAACAACUAAAAGAAGCUUCACAUGAACUCUGUUGGAGAUUUUAUCAUUUCAUCUGCCCGACAUCUCUUCAUUGUGCAUCCAUGUGCAAGUAACCACAGGAGAAUAAUGUGGUAUUGGUCAGUUUUAUGAUAAAUAAAUGCCUAUAAAAUACUUUAUAGCCCAGUAGUGAUCCCUGGAAACCCACUUGACGUUUAAUAAAUCACCUUCAAAAACCCAAAUCUCCAAUGUGAUGAUUUUAGUGAUUACUAUCGAUAUGUGCAAAUGUCAACAAAUAUUUGAUUUAACAUCUAUUGUAAAUCUGACAGUCACUAUAGAUGUAUUAUGUGAACGCGUUGUCUCUGGUGUCAGUGGGGCACGGGUGAUAGAGAUUUGUCAACUGUCACUGAAUCUUCCAGAUUAAGAUAACCAUCCUUGUAGUGGAUCAUUUCAGUAAUUGAAUCGCUGUGAUCAGGGAAUACAACUCGUACAACCUA